GUGUUACUUGGAGAUGUUGGGGCUGGGAAAUCGAGUCUUGUGUUACGGUUUGUUAAAGAUCAGUUUGUUGAAUUCCAGGAAUCAACCAUUGGUGCAGCUUUUUUCUCACAAACGCUGGCCGUGAACGAUGCCACUGUGAAGUUUGAGAUAUGGGAUACAGCGGGUCAGGAACGUUACCAUAGUUUGGCCCCAAUGUACUAUAGAGGUGCAGCUGCUGCAAUCAUUGUCUUUGAUGUUACGAAUCAGGGCUCGUUUGAGAGGGCAAAGAAAUGGGUUCAGGAACUGCAGGCACAAGGUAACUCCAAUAUGGUGAUGGCUCUUGCUGGCAACAAAUCUGAUUUGUUAGAUGCAAGGAAGGUGACUGCAGAGGAGGCACAAACAUAUGCUCAGGAGAACGGUCUUUUCUUCAUGGAAACUUCAGCCAAAACCGCAGCUAACGUCAAAGAGAUAUUCUAUGAAAUCGCAAGAAGGCUACCACGAGUACAGCCAACGGAAAACCCAAGUGGAAUGAUUCUACCGGACAGGGCAAUGGAUAGGGCAGUGAGUUCAUCUUGUUGUGCUUAG